GGGUGCAGAGUAUUUAAUAAGAGGCAGCAGCAGACUGACUCCCAUUGGCUUUGGCUGCACUUGAGAAAGAGUUGAGGGAGAUGAGCAGUUGUGUCAUUUGCUGAAGGAGACAAAGUCGCAUGUGAGUGGGGUUUGUGCUCAUUGAGGAGUGAAAGUGGCCGCACAUGUCAGACUAGAGGCAGUUGUUGGUUCAGGACACAACGUCUCACAAACAUAUGCGCAGAGCUGAGGAGGAUACAGAUGGUCGCCAGAAGAAGGGGACACAUAGCGCCUUUUAUAUAAAGCUCUAGUCGCUGCUGCUGCUCGUCCUCUCACAGCCGCCAAAGGAAAGCGCUCAGAUUCAGCCAGCGCCUCGGAUUGUUUCUUACCGCUUUAAUCCUAUUAAUUAAAACGUUAACCUGAUUGGGUAGAAAGCUCUGUCCCAACAGGCGACUCUUCCCAUAAUAACCUCCUCACAGAUAAUGAUGUAAAAGACUCCCCAGUCUGAGGCGCUGCCGCUGCUACUGCUUGAUGGCUCCGGAGAUCUCUUGAUGGGGAAUCCAAGCGACAUAAACGCUGCGACUGAUCGUUGCGAGUCACAAUGCCUGGUCGCCGUGUAGCAGUACUAGUAAUAGUUGUAGUAGUAAUGUCAGUAGUAGCAUCAGACUGGAGCUGAAGAGCGAGAAGAGGACACGGUGCUCAGACUCAGCCACGGGAAAGUGACAACGUUUCGGCCCAGGAGCAGCGGGACAUCAGGAAAGACUUUUAUCGCACUAGCCAAGGUGGGAAGACAGGCGCUAUGGAGAGGGCGCUAAAGCUGGCUGAAGAGGACUUGUUCCACAAGAGCCUGAGCGCAAAGAGGAUGGAGUCUGCCUUCAGGUCCCCUCAGGGGCUGGAUGUGUCCCAGGCAGGAGAUCGCUCCCCGCUGCGCUGCUACGAUGUACCCGACCCGUCCGACCUCCUGCGGCACCACCAGCAGCAGCAGCAUCAGGCAAUGGCAGCCUCCGGGGCGCUGAGCGCAGCUGCUUCUAGCGAGUCUCUGGCACUGGCCGCCGCCAACAUGUGCGCUAAAUACGGGGAGAGCGCCGGCAGGGGGUCGAUGGCCGAGAGCAGCGGGGGAGAGGAGCAGAGCCCGGACGAUGACAGCGACGGGCGCUGCGAGCUGGUGCUAAGAUCAACCGAACACAGGGCCUCCCAAGCCGGCCUCAAGCUGGAUACCCCGUGCGCUCCCGGAGGAGGCAAGAAGUCCAAGGAGCAGAGGAGUCUCCGGCUCAACAUCAACGCCCGGGAGAGGAGGCGAAUGCACGACCUAAACGAUGCCCUGGACGAACUCCGCUCGGUGAUUCCCUACGCGCACAGCCCCUCGGUCCGCAAACUCUCCAAGAUAGCCACCCUGCUCCUGGCCAAGAACUACAUCCUCAUGCAAGCCCAGGCGCUCGAGGAGAUGAGGCGGCUCGUGGCUUAUCUCAACCAAGGCCAGGCCAUCUCCGCCGCCUCCAUCCCCAACUCUGCCGCUGCCGCCGCCGCCGCCGCUGCUGUCGCUCUGCACCCGGCACUGGGAGCCUAUGAGCCGGCGACCCCGGCGGGAUAUCCCUUCAGCACCGGACACCUGCCCACCCCCACCUCGUGCCCCGACAAGUGCGCCCUGUUCAACAGCCUGUGCAAACAAUGCACCGACAAGCCUUGACCUGGGACACUCUCUGGCUCACACUAAGCCCUACACUUGGCCUCCUGGGGAUGCCCCUGUCUCUAUGGAGAUGCCACCCCCAGGCUGAUGCUGCUGUUCCCCCUCAUGCCAGGAUGCCCAGUGCUGGGAUCUCUAGUUGCACAACAGCUGUUGGACUGCAGGUUGGACAACCUUAUACAUUUGAGGGUGGGGAGGUUAAAAACUUUUGGGUACUAGAGAAACUCUGUGUGGAAGUAACCGGUACCUUUGCUUUCCUCCAGCACCCCAUCAUCCAGCACCCACCUUCCUCAUGCCACCCUCCUGCUGUUCAACUACAAUUCCCAGCAUCCUCUGUGGGGUUGUUGUUCAAUAGCCGAGGAAGAACCAUUUUUUUUUAAUUAAAUCAAUAUUCCCAUUUUUUUUAUAUCUCUUUAUUGCUAUUUUUUUCCCUCUUCUGAAUUCGUUCGAACAAGGGACUUUCCAUCUAUAAAAACCCUCUGCGAAUAAUUUCCCAUUUUUAGUUUUGAAAUAAGAGACAAUUUCCCUCCCCCUGAUGGAUUUCCUCUCUGUGUUUCUCUAGGAAUUGAAAUGCUGAAAGCUGAACUAUUCUGAUCAAUCAGAAAUAAAAAAAAAAACAGGCACUUGAAUUUGAUAAUGAUUCUGAGCCAGGAAAACACUUGAAAUAUAGACUUUUGUUUCAUUACAAAAAAAAAAAAAGACUAAAAUUGCAAGAAUAUGAAUCAUUUGUAUUUUUUAAUCGUGUCUGAACUUUGUACGAUAAGUUUUGGUGAGGGAGCAGGUGACUUGCGACUAAACACUGCUCGUGUGAGUGAAACUUGUUUUUUUUUAACGAAAUCAUCGGUGUGCACCUUGGGUUCUCCAUCCUGAAUGUUGUGAGACAACAACUGGUUCCAUUUCUAUGUUACACUUUACUUGUUCCCAAACGCGAGACUAUUGAUCAUGUGUUCUAGGUGAAAGGAUGUCAGAUGAAUUAUUAUUAUUAUUAUUAUGAUUAUUAUUAUUAUUAUUGACUCUUGUUGGGAGAUAAUCUCUGCUGGAUUAAUUUCUAUACCUUGUGCCAAGUGUUUUAAAACAAAUAACUUCUAUGAGAUGGAGGAAUGAGGCUUGCUGGGUUGAAAGGUCAAUUUGAUUUGAAAUUGCUUCAUCAUCACUGUAUUUAACACUGAGCUUUAAUAAAUUGCUUCAGUCCAAAAGAAACUGCAGGAGGAAGUGUGUUAUUAAUUGGACAAAUCAGCACAAGCCUGUCCUUCAAAGUCUCUACAAAGGGAAAAAGCUAUUUGCGCUCAUGAUGAAAUGCUGUGACCCUGCUGUUGCCUGGGAUUGUUUU